AUGCCUAAGAAAAGAGGUAACGCGGCUUCCGGAAGAGGUCAACCAAAGCAGCUGCGUCGGGCCAGGAUUCCUUCGGCCGAAACCUCACAGGUCUCUCAGCAGCAGCACCCGCAAGACCUUCAAUUCAUUAUCUCGGGAGUCCUGUCUGACGACAAUACGAUUAAUGAUCAGAGAGCCAACAUCGCCGCUGAGGCAAACCAAGCCACAUAUCGCACCGUUCACAAUCAUCGAAUCAUGGCCAAUGAUCAAGGUGCAUCUAUUUUUGAGUCGCUAGAACAGAUGAAGGAAGAAAUCAGGGACAUUCGCCAAGAGCUUCACGACGUUAAGACAGAGCUUCACGACGUUAAGACAGAGCUUCACGACGUUAAGACAGAGCUUCACGACGUUAAGACAGAGCUUCACGACGUUAAGACAGAGCUUCACGACGUUAAGACAGAGCUUCACGACGUUAAGACAGAGCUUCACGACGUUAAGAGAGAGCUCAGUGAAGUCCGAGAGUCAUUGUUAAACAUCAGAGAGCGAAACUACCUCACGUUUCUAUGUGAUCAUGUUACCGGGUAUAACAGAAUUCACAAAGAUUGCAUCUGCAUCUUGACUUCUUCAGAGGUUCAUGGUGGUGACGCUCUGCUAGAUGCUUCUAUGUUCCUUUCGCGACGAGAUGACUUUCCAGAAGAGCGGCGCCUCUUUCAACGAAUCUAUGGCCUAACUGCUGAGAAGCUCCAAGAACUCCGGUCUACUACACACCCGUCUAUUCUCCGUGUGUUAAACACUGUUGGCUACGCCCACCUAUCAGGUAAAAUCGCCCUCAGGGAGGAAAAGCUGGAGACAACAUUCGACCGGGUCGUGGAGUUGGUGGAAAAAGGAGAGAUUGAGGAGGCAGAGAGGCUUGCGAGCGCACUCUCUUCGAACGAUUUCUCCUACCAAUGCGAUGAGUAA